GGAGUUGGGAAUAAAAGCUGUGAUCUUCAGCAGCCGGUGACACCAAGGGACAGCAGUGACCUUGCAUGACUGAGGAAAUGAAGGAGCCACAGCUAGGCCCCCUGGGGUGUCUAGGCCGCGGCCACACCCCUCUUGUGCUGAAGCUACUCUUCUUCAUCUUCUUCUCCGGGCUCCUGCUGGCCAUUCUCAUCCAAGUCUUCAAAGUCCCCAGCGAUCAAGGACAGUCCAAGCAAGAGGAGAUCUACCAGGAGAUGAUUCAACUGAAGGCUGGAGUGGACCGCUUGUGCCGGCCCUGCCCCUGGGACUGGACGUCCUUCCUAGGAAACUGUUACUUCUUCUCCAAGUCCACCCGGAACUGGACGGAUUCUGUCAUCGCUUGCAAAGAAACGGGGGCCCAGCUGGUUGUCAUCAAAAGUCAUGAGGAGCAGAACUUCUUGCAACUGAUCUCCAAGAAUAAAGGCCACACGUGGAUGGGGAUGUCAGACCUGAACACAGAAGCCACAUGGCACUGGGUGGAUGGUUCACCCCUGUUGCCUGCCUUCAUGAAGUACUGGAACCCGCAGGAGCCCAACAACCUGGGGGAGGAAGACUGUGCGGAGUUUGACGGCAACGGGUGGAAUGAUGACAACUGUGACGUCAACAACUUCUGGAUCUGUAAAAAACCAGCAGCGUCCUGCCCCAACCAAUGAUGGCGGCCGGCCCCUUGCAGGGAACUCUGACCCUGAGCUGUGCAACCCGCAAACAGUUUAAGACAGCACCCAGAAUGCGGAGAGCUGCCGUGCUAGGGUUUAAAACAGACAGCUCUGGAGAGGGUGAAGAGACCGGGGUGCCACCCCACCCCACCCCUUUCCUUGGGCUGGCAGCUAUGCCAGGGACUUUGACAACUGAAGUUUGGGCUAAAUAUAUGGACACAGUGUCUGGACUUCCCCUGGGCUGCAGUCUCCUGUCUCACAAGAAUAAGGACAUCAGUGUCCCACAAACUCUGUUUUAGCUCUGGUUGUCAUAUUAAUCUAGAUGCUUUAUGGGUUGCAUGUAUCCAUGGUAACCUUCCCUGUGUCAGCUCAACUAAAUAUGCUUGCUUGUGGGGAUUGGGGAUUCGGGGUCCCUGGUCCCCGCUGAUUCUCAUCUCCCCCCCCCCUCCUCCUCCUCCUCCUCCCCCUUCUUCCCUCCCUCUCCCUCCCUCUCUCCCUCUCUCCCUGUCUUUUCUAAUUUUCUUCCUCCCAGUAUCCCAUUGCACUGCCUUGAUUAUGAUCAGCCCAUUCCUCUCCCACAAUCCCUUACAGCUUGGUCCUUCCAACCUCCCUGCGGGGUGGUGGCAGAAACAUCUGUCAUUUCCACCCAUUCUUUAAUCCCUCGCCAUUUGUGUGGAGAUCUGGACCCUGAACUCACAGUUCUGGACUCUUCCCUGCGAGACUCCCCCAAAGGGAUGGACCACUGAGAUCUUUUCCUCCUCUGCUUUCCAGGUUCCUUUUGUCCUACUGGUUGUAGUAGGACAUCUUUGCAGGUCAGUGGAAGAGGCAGGGGUAGGCUUCACACGUGCUCUGGGUAUGUUCCAUGAAACCAGCUUUGCUGGGUCCAAAGGGUUUGCUUUCAUGUUAAAGUACCAUCACCAUCCAGCCCAAGUGGUAUCCAACUAAAUACAGUCCUUCCCCACCCCCCCUCCAUGUACCUUACUCUAGAAGUCUCCGCCCAACACCUGUGUUACCUAGGUGACCAGCACACCUGGGGGCAGUCACCUCUCCUUUCUCUGAGGUCACAUCCUGGACCUCCCUGGUCACCCCUCCUUCAGACCUUAGGAGGGUCCCAGACUCUGAGAUCACAUCAGCGUCAUCCUCCCCGCCCCCUUCCACUUAACCCCAAUCUGGCUAGGUGUUAGCCCCCUUCUGUGCGCACCUCCACCUCAUGCAGGGCUGGCAGUUCCGAAUAAACUUUUAUUUUUUCUGCCUGAA